AACCUGGACCAGAAACAAAACCUGGACCUGGACCCAGGGGUGUGUCCCUCGUGAGUGGACACUCUUUGCCUUGGUCUGAAACAGACGUGUCUUUGUCCUGCCUUUGUCCUUUGAGGCUCCAGCAGCAAACAGCAGUCUCUCCUGUAACCAGCUCAAUGUCUGUGCACUCAGCUUUGGCUUUUAAUGGCCAAGCAUCAUCUGGAGAAAUGGUUACCCAGCAGAGCUCAGAGGUUCCCAGUGGUCAGUCUGUCGUUCAGCAUCAAACAGACCUGGAUGCCAUAUUCAUGUUACUGGAGAUAAAAAUGGUCAAUUUUGUAAAGACCGAGCUGAGGAAGAUCCAGAAAGUUUUGAGUGCAGAUUACCCAGAAUGCUUAGAGAGUCUGAGGGAGAAUGAUGAGAUGUUGGAGAAUGAGGACGAAGAGCAAAGGAAGAGUAGCAGAGUAGCAUUUCUGAAGAUCACACUCCACUUCCUGAGGAGAAUGAAGCAGAGGAAGCUGGCUGACCAUCUUCAGAGCAGGACCCGUGCUCCAGGGUGCCAACAUGAACUCAAGUCUAACCUGAAAAAGAAGUUCCAGUGUGUGUUAGAGGAGAUUGCUAAAACAGGAAACCCAACCCUUCUGAAUCAGAUCUACACAGAGCUCUUCAUCACAGAUGGAGGGACUGCAGGGGUCAGUGAUGAAUAUGAGGUCAGACAAAUUGAAACAGCAUCCAGGAAACCAGACAGACCAGAAACUACAAUCAGACAAGAAGACAUCUUUAAAGCCUCAUCUGUUAAAGAUAAACCAAUCAGAACAGUGCUGACAAAGGGAGUGGCUGGCAUUGGGAAAACAGUCUUAACACAGAAGUUCACUCUGGACUGGGCUGAAGACAAAGCCAACCAGGACAUUCAGUUCAUGUUUCCAUUCACUUUCAGAGAGCUGAAUGUGCUGAAAGAGAAAAAGUUCAGCUUGGUGGAACUUGUUCAUCACUUCUUUACUGAAACCAAAGAAGCAGGAAUCUGCAGCUUUGAAGACUUCCAGGUUGUGUUCAUCUUUGAUGGUCUGGAUGAGUGUCAACUUCCUCUGGACUUCCACAAAACUACAAUUCUGACUGAUGUUACAGAGCACACCUCAGUAGAUGUGCUGCUGAUAAACCUCAUCAGGGGGAAACUCCUUCCAUCUGCCCACAUCUGGAUAACCACACGACCUGCAGCAGUCAAUCAGAUCCCUCCUGAGUAUGUUGGCAUGGUGACAGAGCUCAAUGGAUUCACUGACCCACAGAAGGACGACUACUUCAGGAAGAGAUUCAAAGAUAAGAAGCAGGCCAACAAGAUCAUCUCCCACAUCAAGAUAUCUCGAAGCCUCCACAUCAUGUGCCACAUUCCAGUCUUCUGCUGGAUCACCGCUAUAGUUCUGGAGGAUGUGCUGAAAACCAGAGAGGGAGGACCGCUGCCCAAGACCCUGACUGAGAUGUACAUCUACUUUCUGUUGGUCCAGGCCAAAGUGAAGAAGAUCAAAUAUAAUGGAGGCACUGAGACAGAUCCAUACUGGAGUCCAGAGAGCAAGAAGAUGAUCAAGUCUCUGGGAAAACUGGCUUUUGAUCAGCUGCAGAAAGGAAAUCUGAUCUUCUAUGAAUCAGACCUGACAGAGUGUGGCAUCAAUAUCAGAGGAAACUCAGUGUACUCAGGAGUGUUCACACAGAUCUUUAAAGAGGAGAGAGGACUGUAUCAGGGGAAUGUGUUCUGCUUCAUCCAUCUGAGUGUUCAGGAGUUUUUGGCUGCUCUUCAUGUCCAUCUGACCUUCAUCAACUCUGGAGUAAAUCUACUGGAGAAACAGCAAACAAUAUCUAAGAUGUCCAAAGUAUUUAAAGACAAACCUAAACUGAAAGAUCUCCACCAGAGUGCUGUGGAUAAGGCCUUACAGAGUCCAAAUGGUCACCUGGACUUGUUCCUCCGCUUCCUCCUGGGUCUUUCACUGCAGACCAAUCAGACCACUCUACGAGUCCUUCUGACACAGACAGGAAGUAGUUCACAGUCUAAUCAUGAAACAGUCCACUACAUCAAGAAGAAGCUCAGAAAGAAUCUGUCUGCAGAAAAAAUGAUCAAUCUGUUCCACUGUCUGAAUGAACUGAAUGAUCGUUCUCUAGUGCAGGAGAUCCAACUGCUCCUCAGUUCAGGAAGUCUCUCCACAGAUAAACUGUUUCCUACUCAGUGGUCAGCUCUGGUAUUUGUCUUGCUUUGUUCAGAAGAAGAUCUGGAUGUGUUUGACCUGAAGAAAUACUCUGCAUCAGAGGAGGCUCUUCUGGGGCUGCUGCCUGUGGUCAAAGUCGCCAAGAAAGCCCUGUUGAGUUGUUGUAACCUGUCAGAGAGAACCUGCAAAGCUCUGUCCUCGGUUCUAAGCUCAGAAACAUGUAUUCUGGAAGAACUAGACCUGAGUAACAACAACCUGCAAGAUUCAGGAGUUAAACUUCUUUCUGCUGGUCUGAUGAGUCCAAAUUGUAAACUGGAAACUCUGAGCCUGUCAGGCUGCCUAAUCACAGAGGAAGGUUGUACUUUCCUGACGUCAGCUCUGAGCUCAAAUCAUUCCCACUUGAAAGUGCUUGACCUUCGCUACAAUCAUCCAGGAAAAUUGAAAGUGAGGCAGGGACUCAAGGAUCCACACUGGAAACUCAGGCUCGACCAUGGUGGACAGCAGUGGUUAAAACCUGGUUUGAGGAAGUAUUUCUGUGAAUUAAAAGUGGACAUGACUUCAAUAAAUAAAAAACUCAAACUGUCUGACAACAACAUGAAGGUGACCGUUGUGGAGAACAAGCAGCCCUAUCCUGAUCAUCCAGACAGAUUUGACUGGUGGAAACAGCUUCUGUGUAAAAAUGGGCUGAUUGGUCGCUCUUACUGGGAAGUUGAGUGGAAAGGAGGCAGUUUUAUAUCAGUGAGUUACAAAAGCAUCAGAAGGAGAGGAAACAGUGCCGAAUGCAAAUUUGCGGGAAAUGAUCAGUCCUGGAGUCUGAUGUGUUCUGACGCUUUUGGUUACUCAUUCUGGCACAACAAUAGAGAAACACCCAUCUUCUCCUCCUCCUCAGUCUCUCACAGAGUAGGGGUGUAUGUGGACUGUCCUGCUGGCACUCUGUCCUUCUACGGAGUCUCUUCUGACACUCUGUUCCACCUCCACACCUUCAGCACCACAUUCACUGAACCUCUGUAUCCUGGGUUUGGACUGUGGUCCAGUGACUCCUCUGUGUUUCUGAGUCCUUUGUGUACUAACAAGUCUGUAGAGCUUGACUGUUUAGAAGAGGCAGAAACUACAAGUCGGUGGUAUGAAAGCUGA